UCCCGUCCCGUCCCGUCCCGUCCCGGGCCGGUGGCGCCCGCAGCGACAGAGUCCGCCCGGCCCGGGCCGCCCCCACCCCCGCCCCCAUGGACAGCGGCACCACCAUGGACUUCCAGGUGGCCGCGCUCCCCGCCACCGGCGGCGGCAGCGAUGAGGCCGCGGAGCCGCCGUCUAUGGACACGGAGGACGGGCCGGACGUCCCCGGGSGCCGUGCGGGGGAUGAGCGGCCGGAGGAGCCCUCCCGCACAGCCCCGCAGCCCGGCAGCGAUCCCGGGCCGGAGGGGCCAGGGCCCGGCUCGGGGCUCACCGCAGCCGCGGAGCUCUCGAGAGGCGCAGGACGGACCGAGCUGUGCCGGGGCUCGGGGCGGGCGAUGGAGGCGGAGGCGGUGCGGUCGGAGCCGCAGGGCUCUGCCCGCUGGGAGCCCAGCGCUGGGAGCGCCUCUCGGGCCACAGCGCAUCCCCGGAGCCCCGGCGGCCUCUACCCCGCGGGMAUGGAGCUGGAUGAGACCCCCGAGCCCAGCGCCCGCCCGGGCGGGGCCGAGUGGGUKGAGGAUGCGGAGGACGAGCCCUCGGAGAUCCAGGGGCUGCUAGCCCAGCUCGAGACCCUCGACCCCAAGCUCCGCGACCGCCCGUCCGGCCCGGAGCAGGRCGCGCCGUCCCCGGCGGGUGCCGGUGUUCGGGGCCGCGGGCAGUGCCCAGGCAGGUGCCGGCCGUGCCCGCUGCAUGUGGCCACGGGCCGGGGCCUGGCGACGCGUCCGUGCUGCCCCCAGCACCCUGCCUGCGCCCGGCCCUGCCACGGGCUGCUCUUUGCUGAGGUCGACCGGGAGGACCUGCUCAGCCUCCUGUGCUACGAGGGGGGACUGCCCGAGGCCAGCACCGAGACCCCCUURGCCUGCUCUGAUGUCCUGGCUGGCACCAACCUGGAGAUGCUGCAGGCUCAGGAGGAACCAGCCACUGUGGAGAAGCCUGAAGGGCUGGGGAGGCCAGAGAGCUCGGAGGAAGUAUAUUCUGGCAGCUGGUGUUACGGASAGGGGCUUUGCGAGGACGAUUCUGCCUGCGAGGGCGCUCGGGAAGGUUCCCCGGAGCUGGUGUGGCCAGCCCUGCCUCCCUCUUCGGCACCCGGGGCAGAGCAGCCGCCUCAGGGUGUUGUGACCAAUAAGGAACCCCCAUCAUCCUGCCCAGCCUUCAAGGAGGUUCCAGGCCCUUGUGACCCAGCGGACCUGCUGGAUGGUGUGAUUUUUGGAGCCAAGUACCUGGGCUCCACGCAGCUGGCCUCAGAGAGGAACCCCCCGACCAGCGUCCGCAUGGCACAAGCCCAGGAGGCCGUGGACAGGAUCAAGGCACCCGAGGGGGAGUCCCAGCCCAUGACGGAGGUGGAUCUGUUUGUCUCCACACAGAGGAUCAAGGUGCUCACGGCUGACACGCAGGAGGCCAUGAUGGAUCACUCCCUGCAGACCAUCUCCUACAUCGCYGACAUCGGCUCCCUCRUGGUGCUCAUGGCGCGCCGGAAGCUGCCACGGCGCUCGGAGGUGGCGGAGGAGAAGCGGCUCUACAAGAUGAUCUGCCACGUCUUCCACUCAGCUGAUGCCCAGGUCAUCGCCCAGGCCAUYGGGCAGGCGUUUGGUGUGGCUUACCAGCGCUUCCUGGAGGCCAACAGCAUCGACCCCAGUGAGCUGAGCCCGCGCCAGUACAGCCGUGCCCUCGAGGACCAGGAGCAGUACAACGCAGAGCUGACCCACUUCUCCCGACAGGAGAACUGCAAGGACGUCUGCAUCCGGAAGCAGAAGGGGGAGAUCCUGGGCAUUGCCAUUGUGGAGUCGGGCUGGGGCUCCAUCCUGCCCACUGUGGUCAUCGCCAACCUGAUGCACGGGGGCCCUGCAGAGCGAUCAGGCGAGCUGAGCAUCGGGGAUCGCCUCAUGUCAGUCAAUGGGACCAGCCUGGUGGGUCUGCCCCUGGGCACCUGCCAGAGCAUCAUCCGGGAGCUGAAGCACCAGACUGAGGUGACACUGAACAUUGUGCACUGUCCCCCCGUCACCACGGCUGUCAUCCGCCGCCCCGACUCCAAGUACCAGCUGGGCUUCUGCAUUGAAAAUGGUGUGAUCUGCAGCCUGAUGCGUGGGGGCAUCGCGGAACGGGGCGGCAUCCGUGUGGGGCACCGCAUCAUYGAGAUCAACGGGCAGAGCGUGGUGGCCACACCCCACGAGAAGAUCAUCCAGAUGCUCACCGAGGCGGUCAGUGAGGUCCACAUCAAGACCAUGCCGGCUUCCACGUACCGCCUGCUGACGGGGCAGGAGCAGCCCCUGUUCCUCUGAGCCCCUGUGCCUGGGACAGGCAGGAGCGAGCCUGGGGCAGCAAGGGCAGGAAGAGCUCUGCCUUCUGCCCCAGCCCUGCAUCAGAGCCCUCGGCAGGGACUGAGCCUGCAACUCUUUGGUUUUACUCAGGACACAGUGGGAGACUCUGSGGGCUGAUACCCAACCUGAGCAGCAUCAAGGCCUGUGGUGCCACRGUCUGGGCACCUCCCACUCUCCAAUCACCUCUCCCCACCACACAGUGCCUGCACAGUGCCUGUCCUGUUGCUGCACAAARUCCCUCGCCUUGGCCUGGUGCUGGCCAGAGAGGGAACCCCAUAGGGAAGUUCCCCCCAUCCAGUCACUGCAGGUUGUGCUUUUACACUCACCAACGGUGCCUUUCCUGAGCUGGGGACAGUGCUGAAAGCACAGCUUGGCUCCAGAGCUCGGCCCAGCACAGCCUCAGAGCAGCACUGCCCCUGCACACCCAUGUGUGGGUGCAAGCUGGCACCCCUAAAGGACACUCAGAAGCUUCUAGACUCAGCCUUAAGGGCAGAAGCACUCUUGCAAGCUCCUCUUCUCCCCUGGUUUGGCCAGGGGCCUCUUGGGGUGCAAACAAACUCUCCAUUAGACCCAUUCCACCAAGCUGGGAACCAMGCUGGGAACCUUUUCCCUGGUGCUGCCCUGAGCCGCUCUGCAUGCACAGCCCGGCCCAGAGCCACGGCCCUUGGAGCAGCAGAAGGGAACAUGGCACUGCCCAGCCCCACAUCCCAGGGUGUGGGAGGCUGUGAGCCCAGGGAUUCUCCCAGGAUGUGCCUUUUUMUGAGCAGCUCUCUGGGCCUGCAGGGCCACAGCAGAGCUGACCUGGUGGUGCCUGUGUGCUUGGUUGAUGUAAAAAUAAAAAUUUUGGGAAAUA